GAUCCGACGCGCUUGUGAGAUGGUGGAUGAGACGAAGACGAAGCCUGAGAUAGUGGAAAAGCAGGAAGAAGAAGCUCCGGUGCCAGAUGGCGGCGGGGGAUGGGGAGGCUGGGGAUUUUCAGCGUUUUCAUACAUCUCAGAUAUUCAGAAAGUUGCUACUACUGCUGCUGAAGAGAUCUCUCGCAAUGCUGUUGAAGCUGCUAAAACAGCUGCAAAAAGCCUUGCAGAUGUGCAGAAUGCUCGGGAAGACUCCGAAUCCUCGAAAGGUGAUGAGGAGCAAGAAGUAUUGGUUGAAGUGGAAAGUGAAGACGAGAAUGACAAAAAACGCAAGGCUGCUCUAGAAAAAUUAGAGAAAGCUAGUGAAGACUCAUUAUUUGGCCAGGGUUUGAAAGUUAUUGACCAUUCAGUCGAGAAUUUCGCUUCAGGAGCUUGGCAAGCAUUAGGAAAUGCAUUCAAAGGAAGUUCCGAUUUAGUCCAUAAGCUUGAGAAUUCGGGUAGCUUACCUGCCGAAACUGGUUCUGUUGCACCAUCCAUACUAGAGACUGGAAAAGCUUUUACUGCUAAAGGAAUGCAUGUGCUUGAGCUACUUGGAAAAGAAACUAUGGAUCUUCUGAUCUCAGAAACUGGUAUUAGAGUUGACCCAGGCUCCAAAGAAGGGGGAGGAGAAACAGAUGAAGAUCAGUUUUAUGAGGAAGUUACAUUUGAUAGAUGCUUUUAUAUUUAUGGAGGUCCAGAGCAAUUGGAGGAGCUGGAGGCACUGUCCAACCAUUAUGCUUUGUUGUUCAACAGAAGAAAAGCGAAGCUUCCAUCUGAUCAAAGGUCUUCAUAUGAUGGAAAACUUAAAGAGGUUCAGCAGAUUUUUGACUUGAGUUCUGAAGUAUAUGGAAUUAGUAAAGAGUCAGGAAAAGGAAAGGAAGUUGAGACUGGCAUUGCAGACAGCACAGAUGAGGUGAAGAAUUUGCAUGAUUCUAGUGUGAACAAGGCUGCAGAAUUAGCAGCAGGAUUUACAAAUGUUUUGGUUGGACUAGCACCCAAUGACAUGAUUCAAAGGACUACCCGGAGACUGGAUACUCUUCAUUCAGAGGGUGUUCAUAGACUUUCAGAGUUGUGUUGUUUUGCUGCGACUCAACUUGUAAUGCUUGGGAAAUCAAUCAUUUCAACUGCAAACAAAGUUGCGGACCAAGAAGCAAAUGCAGAAAUUAUGAAAAUGGAAUGGCCCGAGGAUUCAAUUGAAAGAGCUAAGGUAAUCCGAGCGAAGGCAUGUUCAAUGACUGGAUGUGUUGAGGCAGUUUCUUCCAGCUUUAUCACAGGGAUAUCGGAAGUUGCUGAAGCAUAUUUAGCAGCAGUGCAAGGUGUAUCUGCCGAUUCACAUGAGGUUCCACAGAAAUCAAUCCAGGAGAAGGCCAAUGCAUAUGCUGAGAAUCUUCGUGCAGCUCAUACCACAGCCGUGGGCAAAAUUCAGGACGGCCUUCAAUAUUUACCCUAUGUGGUCAUCUCAACUUCAAUGCCUGCUGCUUGAAGAAUUUCUUCCCUUUUCGCUUCUUUCCCUUUUCUUCCCCUCCCCGCCUCUCUCUUUCGUGUAAAUAACUGUAUUGGUGAGUUCUCCCUAUACCUUUAUCCCUUCAGACUUGUACAAUUUGGUAGUGCUGUCUUCCAUUCUUCAUAUGGUGAACUUGUACGAUAACUCCAUCAACUAUUAGCUACAGAUGAAGGCCACUUUCCUUUCUGUUUUAUCUAAAGGAAAGAAAUAACUUUUAAUUUUAUUACAAAUUCUAGUCUUAGCCUUUGGCUCAUGGA